GGGGUGUUCAGAGUUGAAAAGCCCUCCACUCUUCACAUCCAUCUUGUUGCAGGUGCCUCUCCCACCCCUUCGCGACUCGCCGUUUCCCAGGAAGUUUACUCAGGCGGCAGCGUGCAGGUCUGGUCCGAUUACCUCAAUGUGCACUUGCAUCCUAAGAGCAUCUACGUCAUCCGUCAGUACAUGCAUGAUGGGGAGUGUGGUUGUCUAGAAGCCUUUGGGCAAGGUGAAAGUCUCCUGCAGGAUCCUGGCUGCAUAGAGGAGUUGGAAGAUCGGUUGCACUUCUAUGUUGAAGAGUGUGAUUAUCUGCAGGGAUUUCAAGUCCUCUGUGACCUACACAAUGGAUUCUCUGGAGUUGGUGCCAAAGUGACAGAACUGCUCUACGACGAGUAUUCAGGAAAAGGAAUCCUGACCUGGGGCUUGACUCCAGUCAUGAGUCACGUGGGAGAUUUUCAGAAGAAUUUUUACAGACUGAUGAACACAGCCCUAGGAAUUGUCCAUCUCUCCAGUCACAGCUCGCUCUUUUGCCCCCUGUCUCUCAGUGGGAGUCUAGGAAUCAAGCCACAACCUCCCGUGACGUUUCCGUUUAUAAACUAUGAUGCAUCACUUAACUACCACAGCAGUGCAAUUUUGGCAGCAGCACUCGACACCCUGACUGCUCCUUACCGGCUCUGUUCCUCUCAGGGCUCUAUGAUGCACCUUGCUGAAACACUUAAUUUCUCUGGGAGGAAGGUUGUGGCUGCAUGGGCAUCUGUUCCCUUCCCUGCCCUACGUGGCUACUCGCUCCCCGAUACUUUAUGCGCCUACCAGCAGGAUGUGCCCUGGAAGCUUCUGUCUUCAUGUAGGGAGCAAAAGGUCGGCUGCUGUUUUGCUCAGUCUGUUGUGCUACGAGGAAUUUGCAAAGAAAGUCACAUCAGCAGCUGUCCAGGAAAGCAGCCCACUUCUCCACUCCAUGCUUGUGAGAGCACUGAGCAGGUUCUGCAGCAUUACUUACACGCUGUGUUUCCUGGGGCAUACAGCACAUCCCACGUGCUUGAGCAGCCAUGUAAUACCCUACCUCCGUACCCCCAGUUUUUUUCUCCUCUUCUGACCAGACAAGGCUUCCUCCUGGACAAACCUCCCAGUUAUUCCUCAGCAGCUGUUGAAAGCAUCCCUGUACUAGCAGCCCUGCAGUCUUCACCGGUUCUGCGCACGCUCCUCUACGGCUUAUACAAGGAUCUACAGAAGCUGAACACGCGACGAUGGGCCAGCUUCUUCUCUGCCGGAGUUGAACAGGAUAACUUCCAGGAGGCCUUACAGGAGCUAAGAACUCUGUCACAGUGCUAUGAAACGGGGUCUGAAGCAGAUGAAUCUGAAGAUGAAGCAGAUUCAGACUAA